AUGGCGCGUACUGGUGUCGAAAAGGUCGGGCAGCAACUGCCUCGUGCACCGGUUGCGAAGCCUCUGACGUCGCGCAUCCCCUGGACGGUCUGGAUCUUGCUCGCGCUCGGUGUCUACGCGUUUUGGAGCUAUCUGACACAACGCAGCAAGCGAUCCAAACAACCGUAAGUCUCUUCCCAUUCAAGCCUGCUCUCAAUGACUCGACCUCGUGUCGUCGGACGGCCAAAUUAAGCUGGUCGCGACGAGCCGUCCGUCCGUGAUCCCACCUCGCUCCAAAUUUAUCCAAUUACACGCAUGCUUUGGGGGUCACUAUCGACCGUGACCCUAUGACACUAGCUUUAAACUUUCGUCCGUCACAUCCGGUCCCUUAUUACGGCUUAAUCUGCCUUCUCUGCCGCCAAGUCAUCACAGCCUUUCGACGCGCCUCUUUCUUUCCAGAAUGCCCGUUUGGGGCACGGUCGGGACUAGGUGGCUGACAAGUACUAUCUUCCUGAAAACUCUCAGGAGACGGCGGAUCGCUACCAAAGCGGAACCUCGUCGACCGACGGCUCUUGACUCGCCUCGACGACUGGGCUCCGCCCCCAAGCUCUCGCGAAGGAGCUCAUUCGCACGCGGCGUUCGCGAACCGACGAGCGAGUCCUAUGGCGGAUCCCAAACGACGAGUCGAGCAGGAUCGCCCUUUAGGCCAAGCUUUUCGUCGGGUCGUCUCGCUCAUCUCGCUCAAAGUGCAGCCGGAACACCCGCCUCCUCCACCGGAGGCCCAAGUCGCCAUGCCAACUCCUUUGGCCCCGACAUGUCUGAAGUUUCGUUCCAAGGCUCUUCCUACUUGCCGCACUCACCUUCAACCCUCGAUCAACGGUACAACCUCGCCAAUCGAUCGAAUGGGUUGUUGAGAUCCGCGAGCUCGUACGCGAUCGACUCUCGAGGUGGUCGGGAGGCCUCACCGGGGCCUCGACGCUCGGGCUUCAGCGACGUCUACCCACCCCACGUUCUCGACUCUGCCUCUCGCAAACGCCGUGAUUUCGAUACCGAAAGUCUCGGUACUAUCAGCCAACGCAGCGAGAAAAGGUUCAGAAUGACGGACGACGAGCAAGGCGCUUUCGAUGAGGAUGACGAGGAUAGCGACGACGCGGCGAUGGAGCUCGAUGAGAUGGUCGAAGUUGCGGCGGCCGAGCAGAAAAGAGGGACCAAACGUGGACCGAAAUCUCAAGGCGGUUCUGUGAAGCGCACUCGUCAGGGCGAGACUGGUGACGAUGCGCCGAGGCACGAGAACGAUGAGAUGGAUACGCAGCCAGAUUUGGAGUUCUUGAGCAAGAAGCGCACGCGCCCUUCGCGCGACGUCAACGAAUCGUUUGCCGAAGAGUCGGCCGUGGACAAGCGCCCGAGAAAUGACAUUCAAGGCAAGGGCGGAUCUAAACGACGUCUCGACUUGGUCGAUACCCCAACUGAAGAGGACGUAUUUGACUUUGAGGAUGAGGAUUCCGACGAUGAUCGGUCGCCCAGGAACGCAGAUUCCGAGGUGGAUGAGGAGGAAGAGCUCGAGCAGGAUGACAAGAAUCGGGAACAAAGACGCAACCACAAAUCUAAGCGCGCUCGCUCAAUGGAAGAACGCACAGAGUCGGGGGAGGACUCGCUGAUGGGUGACGAUGACUAUGAGGCCGAAGCAGCAGCCGAUGCACCCCUUGCUCCGUCCGACGUCGCAUCAGGUUCGUCCCGGAAACGUGACGAUCCUACCAAGGUAUCGGCAACCUCUUCCAUCUCGACCGAAGCCGGCGCGAACAAACCCGUUCGUCGUCCUGGAGAUACUUGGGUCAAUUUGGAGGGUGAUCGCUGCAGGAUGGAUACCGAUGGCAAACAAAGAAAGCUUUGCGAAGUGAGAGAGAUGAGGAGGAAAUACAAAGUAGGUCCACAUAUGUCCGGCCUUCAUACCGUGGUCUCAAUGGCUGAUUGCCCUCGUCGAUGUGAGCACUUAAGAUGCCCAAGGACUCGAUCCAUCCCGAUGCCAAGAUCAUGCAUGUAGUCGUGACCGAAAAGUGGCUGACGCAAGACGAAUACACGCAACUUCUAGCCCAAGGGAAAUUGGCUUGGCAAGCUGUCGAGGAUAAGGCGGCCUUGAAGGCGGGAGUUCAAUCUGCUUCGGAUAGCUCCACGACGUCCCAGAACAAGGCUGCUCAGACAAAGCCCAAGGGGAUCUACUUUGCGACCGGAACGCGGACGCCCCUUCGGACGCACUCGGUGCUGUCAUCACGUCCUUCCUCGGGCAGCGCCUCACCGGUUUCGACACCUCAGUCACCGGCAUACGCGACCCUGCUCAAUGGUCGGAUGCGUCUUCCAAGUGGUGCUCAUGCGAGUCCCGCGCGAUCGUGGUCGACGAGCAAGUCGGCGCGGCUCGUCGAGGACGAACAAAAGGCGAAAGCCGAGAGGGAGCGAAGGAGGAGGGCAAGCAUCAUGCUCGGUGGGGAGGAUGAAGAGAAGGAGGUUGCUCAAACGGCACCCGCACCCCCUGCCCCUGCUUCUCUUGCUGCUCCACCAUCGACCCUGUCUGCCCCAUCAACCCAACCCGCUGGCAAGCCAGCCAACGAAAAGAAAGACGACCAGCCAAAGCUUUCGUACAGUUUUGGCCAACCACCUGCGACAACGUCUGCACCUCCGUCAUCCUCUGCAACCCCACCGUCUUUUUUCAGCAAACCUGCGGUAGCCGCGGGCCCCGAGGCUGCCAAAGCCGAGGGGGCACCCAGAUCUGCCGCUCCGCCAAGUUUCUUCGCCGACGUUACCAGGCCGCAAUCGAACGCCACAAUGUCGUCUGCUGAACCCGCCAAAGCGGCACCCUUCUCGUUCGGGGCCCCGUCAUCGACCUCGACACCUCCAUCCAAAUCCGCGCCCUCUACUGCUGCGGCCAAAGCGCCCUUUUCCUUCGGAGCUCCGCCACCUUUAUCUGCAGCACCGUCGACGAAUGUAUCGGCACCCUCCGCUGCUGCGUCAGCCCCUUUUAGCUUCGAAGCUGCUACAAGCUCCAGUUCAUCGACCCUGCCGCCAUUGUCGAGCCGGCCACCAAAUAUCGCUUCACCUGCAGCCUUCAGCUUUGGCGCAGCCUCGACCGCAUCUGCAACAGCUCCUGCAUCGGGGUCUGCUCCCGCUCCGUCGUUCGGUUUCGGCGCUGCUCCCAAUCAACUCGCGGCACCUACAGCUGCGCCGGCGCCGUCAUUCAGUUUCGGUUCCACUAGAGCAGGACCCCCUCCGCCUGCGAGUACCAGCUCAACUGGAGGUUUUGCAUUCGGUGCACCCAGCACACCUUUUGGUGGCAACACAUCUGCGGCGCCUGCGCCCGCAACUGCUGCCCCAGCCCCAUCGUUCUCUUUCGGAGCUUCAACCACACCCGCCCCAGCGGCUCAAUCAUCCGCUCCGCCAUUUUCGUUUGGAAACGCUGCCUCAGGUUCUGCUCCGGCACUCUUUAAUUUUGGAUCCUCUUCCGCAAACGUUUCAGGGCCUGCCUCACCCGCAGGGACACCCGGUGCGGGUCAACCGUUCAUGUUCGGCCAAUCGACGAACUCGUUCGGAUCGGUUACGGGAGCAUUGAUAGCUGCUCAAAACCCUGGCGCUGCCCCAGCUGUGUUCAGUGAGUGACUUCCUUGCCUCGUACGAUAGACCGUCUAGACUGACCCUGCUCUGAAUGCUUUGCCGAUACACAGAUUUUGGAUCGGGAGGAGAUGAAUCCAUUGGCUCUGCACCGAGGCGAAGGAUUGCCGGGAGGAGGCCCGCGGGUGCAAGAUGA